AUGAACGGCUGCGCCGAAACAGCUGCGCCGAAACAGCUGCGCCGAAACAGCUGCGCCGAAACAGCUGCGCCGAAACAGCUGCGCCGAAACAGCUGCGCAGAAACAGCUGCGCCGAAACAGCUGCGCAGAAACAGUUGCGCCGAAACAGCUGCGCAGAAACAGCUAGGCAGAAACAGCUGCGCAGAAGCAGCUGCGCAGAAGCAGCUGCGCAGAAGCAGCUGCGCAGAAACAGCUGCGCAGAAGCAGCUGCGCAGAAACAGCUGCGCAGAAGCGGCUGCGCAGAAGCGGCUGCGCAGAAGCGGCUGCGCAGAAGCGGCUGCGCAGAAACGGCUGCGCAGGAACGGCUGCGCAGGAACGGCUGCGCAGGGACGGCUGCGCAGGGACGGCUGCGCAGGAACGGCUGCGCAGGAACGGCUGCGCAGGAACGGCUGCGCAGGAACGGCUGCGCAGGAACGGCUGCGCAAAACGGCUGCGCAGAAGCGGCUGCGCAGAAGCGGCUGCGCAGAAGCGGCUGCGCAGAAGCGGCUGCGCAGAAGCGGCUGCGCAGAAGCGGCUGCGCAGAAGCGGCUGCGCAGAAGCGGCUGCGCAGAAGCGGCUGCGCAGAAGCGGCUGCGCAGAAGCGGCUGCGCAGAAGCGGCUGCGCAGAAGCGGCUGCGCAGAAGAGGCUGCGCAGAAGCGGCUGCGCAGAAGCGGCUGCGCAGAAGCGGCUGCGCAGAAGCGGCUGCGCAGAAGCGGCUGCGCAGAAGCGGCUGCGCAGAAGCGGCUGCGCAGAAGCGGCUGCGCAGAAGCGGCUGCGCAGAAGCGGCUGCGCUGAAGCGGCUGCGCAGAAGCGGCUGCGCAGAAGCGGCUGCGCAGAAGCGGCUGCGCAGAAGCGGCUGCGCAGAAGCGGCUGCGCAGAAGCGGCUGCGCAGAAGCGGCUGCGCUGAAGCGGCUGCGCAGAAGCGGCUGCGCAGAAACGGCUGCGCAGAAACGGCUGCGCAGAAACGGCUGCGCAGAAACGGCUGCGCAGAAACGGCUGCGCAGAAACGGCUGCGACGAAACGGCUGCGCAGAAACGGCUGCGACGAAACGGCUGCGCCGAGACAGCUGCGCCGAAACAGCUGCGCCGAAACAGCUGCGCAGAAACAGCUGCGCAGAAACAGCUGCGCCGAAACAGCUGCGCAGAAACAGCUGCGCCGAAACAGCUGCGCCGAAACAGCUGCGCAGGAACAGCUGCGCAGAAACAGCUGCGCAGAAACAGCUGCGCAGAAACAGCUGCGCAGAAACAGCUGCGCAGAAACAGCUGCGCAGAAACAGCUGCGCAGAAACAGCUGCGCAGAAGCAGCUGCGCAGAAGCAGCUGCGCAGAAGCAGCUGCGCAGAAGCAGCUGCGCAGAAGCAGCUGCGCAGGAACAGCUGCGCAGAAGCAGCUGCGCAGGAACAGCUGCGCAGAAGCAGCUGCGCAGAAACAGCUGCGCAGGAACAGCUGCGCAGGAACAGCUGCGCAGGAACAGCUGCGCAGGAACAGCUGCGCAGGAACAGCUGCGCAGAAACAGCUGCGCAGGAACAGCUGCGCAGGAACAGCUGCGCAGGAACAGCUGCGCAGGAACAGCUGCGCAGGAACAGCUGCGCAGGAACAGCUGCGCAGAAACAGCUGCGCAGAAACAGCUGCGCAGAAACAGCUGCGCCGAAACGGCUGCGCCGAAACGGCUGCGCCGAAACGGCUGCGCCGAAACGGCUGCGCAGAAACGGCUGCGCAGGAACGGCUGCGCAGGAACGGCUGCGCAGAAACGGCUGCGCAGAAACGGCUGCGCCGAAACGGCUGCGCAGGAACGGCUGCGCAGGAACGGCUGCGCAGGAACGGCUGCGCAGGAACGGCUGCGCAGGAACGGCUGCGCAGGAACGGCUGCGCAGGAACGGCUGCGCAGCAACGGCUGCGCAGUAACGGCUGCGCAGAAACGGCUGCGCAUGAACGGCUGCGCAGGAACGGCUGCGCAGGAACGGCUGCGCAGAAACGGCUGCGCAGAAACGGCUGCGCAGAAACGGCUGCGCAGAAACGGCUGCGCAGAAGCGGCUGCGCAGAAGCGGCUGCGCAGAAACGGCUGCGCAGAAGCGGCUGCGCAGAAGCGGCUGCGCAGAAACGGCUGCGCAGAAGCGGCUGCGCAGAAGCGGCUGCGCAGAAGCGGCUGCGCAGAAGCGGCUGCGCAGAAGCGGCUGCGCAGAAGCGGCUGCGCAGAAGCGGCUGCGCAGAAGCGGCUGCGCAGGAACGGCUGCGCAGGAACGGCUGCGCAGGAACGGCUGCGCAGGAACGGCUGCGCAGGAACGGCUGCGCAGGAACGGCUGCGCAGGAACGGCUGCGCAGGAACGGCUGCGCAGGAACGGCUGCGCAGAAACGGCUGCGCAGAAACGGCUGCGCAGAAACGGCUGCGCAGAAGCGGCUGCGCAGAAGCGGCUGCGCAGAAGCGGCUGCGCAGAAGCGGCUGCGCGGAAGCGGCUGCGCGGAAACGGCUGCGCGGAAGCGGCUGCGCGGAAGCGGCUGCGCGGAAGCGGCUGCGCGGAAGCGGCUGCGCGGAAGCGGCUGCGCGGAAGCGGCUGCGCGGAAGCGGCUGCGCAGAAGCGGCUGCGCAGAAGCGGCUGCGCAGGCACGGCUGCGCAGGAACGGCUGCGCAGGAACGGCUGCGCAGGAACGGCUGCGCAGGAACGGCUGCGCAGGAACGGCUGCGCAGGAACGGCUGCGCAGGAACGGCUGCGCAGGAACGGCUGCGCAGGAACGGCUGCGCAGGAACGGCUGCGCAGGAACGGCUGCGCAGGAACGGCUGCGCAGGAACGGCUGCGCAGGAACGGCUGCGCAGAAACGGCUGCGCAGAAACGGCUGCGCAGUAACGGCUGCGCAGGAACGGCUGCGCAGGAACGGCUGCGCAGGAACGGCUGCGCAGGAACGGCUGCGCAGGAACGGCUGCGCAGGAACGGCUGCGCAGAAGCGGCUGCGCAGAAACGGCUGCGCAGAAACGGCUGCGCAGAAACGGCUGCGCAGAAACGGCUGCAAACAGCUGCGCAGCAACAGCUGCGCAGGAACAGCUGCGCAGGAACAGCUGCGCAGGAAGAGCUGCGCAGGAAGAGCUGCGCAGAAGCGGCUGCGCAGAAGCGGCUGCGCAGAAACGGCUGCGCAGAAACGGCUGCGCAGAAACGGCUGCGCCGAAACGGCUGCGCCGAAACGGCUGCGACGAAACGGCUGCGCCGAAACGGCUGCGCCGAAACGGCUGCGCCGAAACGGCUGCGCAGAAACGGCUGCGCAGAAACGGCUGCGCCGAAACGGCUGCGCAGAAACGGCUGCGCCGAAACAGCUGCGCCGAAACAGCUGCGCAGGAACAGCUGCGCAGAAACAGCUGCGCAGAAACAGCUGCGCAGAAACAGCUAGGCAGAAACAGCUGCGCAGAAACAGCUGCGCAGAAACAGCUGCGCAGAAACAGCUGCGCAGAAACAGCUGCGCAGAAGCAGCUGCGCAGAAACAGCUGCGCAGAAGCAGCUGCACAGAAGCAGCUGCGCAGAAACAGCUGCGCAGAAGCAGCUGCGCAGAAGCAGCUGCGCAGAAGCAGCUGCGCAGAAGCAGCUACGCAGAAGCAGCUGCGCAGAAGCAGCUGCGCAGAAGCAGCUGCGCAGAAGCAGCUGCGCAGAAGCAGCUGCGCAGGAACAGCUGCGCAGAAGCAGCUGCGCAGGAACAGCUGCGCAGAAGCAGCUGCGCAGGAACAGCUGCGCAGGAACAGCUGCGCAGGAACAGCUGCGCUGGAACAGCUGCGCUGGAACAGCUGCGCAGGAACAGCUGCGCAGGAACGGCUGCGCAGAAACGGCUGCGCAGAAACGGCUGCGCAGGAACGGCUGCGCAGGAACGGCUGCGCAGAAACGGCUGCGCAGAAACGGCUGCGCAGAAACGGCUGCGCAGAAACGGCUGCGCCGAAACGGCUGCGCCGAAACGGCUGCGCAGAAACGGCUGCGCAGAAACUGCUGCGCCGAAACGGCUGCGCCGUAACAGCUGCGCCGAAACAGCUGCACCGAAACAGCUGCGCAGAAACAGCUGCGCAGAAACUGCUGCGCCGAAACAGCUGCGCAGAAACAGCUGCGCCGAAACAGCUGCGCCGAAACAGCUGCGCAGGAACAGCUGCGCAGGAACAGCUGCGCAGAAACAGCUGCGCAGGAACAGCUGCGCAGAAACAGCUGCGCAGAAACAGCUGCGCAGAAGCAGCUGCGCAGAAACAGCUGCGCAGAAGCAGCUGCGCAGAAACAGCUGCGCAGAAGCAGCUGCGCAGAAGCAGCUGCGCAGAAGCAGCUGCGCAGAAGCAGCUGCGCAGAAGCAGCUGCGCAGGAACAGCUGCGCAGGAACAGCUGCGCAGAAGCAGCUGCGCAGGAACAGCUGCGCAGAAGCGGCUGCGCAGAAGCGGCUGCGCAGGAACGGCUGCGCAGGAACGGCUGCGCAGGAACGGCUGCGCAGGAACGGCUGCGCAGGAAAGGCUGCGCAGGAACGGCUGCGCAGAAACGGCUGCGCAGAAACGGCUGCGCAGAAACGGCUGCGCCGAAACGGCUGCGCCGAAACGGCUGCGCCGAAACGGCUGCGCCGAAACGGCUGCGCAGGAACGGCUGCGCAGGAACGGCUGCGCAGGAACGGCUGCGCAGGAACGGCUGCGCAGGAACGGCUGCGCAGGAACGGCUGCGCAGGAACGGCUGCGCAGGAACGGCUGCGCAGGAACGGCUGCGCAGGAACGGCUGCGCAGGAACGGCUGCGCAGGAACGGCUGCGCAGGAACGGCUGCGCAGGAACGGCUGCGCAGAAACGGCUGCGCAGAAACGGCUGCGCAGAAACGGCUGCGCAGAAACGGCUGCGCAGAAGCGGCUGCGCAGAAGCGGCUGCGCAGAAACGGCUGCGCAGAAACGGCUGCGCAGGAACAGCUGCGCAGGAACAGCUGCGCAGGAACAGCUGCGCAGAAACAGCUGCGCAGGAACAGCUGCGCAGGAACAGCUGCGCAGGAACAGCUGCGCAGAAACGGCUGCGCAGGAACGGCUGCGCAGGAACGGCUGCGCAGGAACGGCUGCGCAGAAACGGCUGCGCAGGAACGGCUGCGCAGGAACGGCUGCGCAGGAACGGCUGCGCAGAAACGGCUGCGCAGAAACGGCUGCGCAAAACGGCUGCGCAGAAACAGCUGCGCAGAAACAGCUGCGCAGAAACAGCUGCGCCGAAACAGCUGCGCCGAAACAGCUGCGCAGAAACAGCUGCGCAGAAACAGCUGCGCAGAAACAGCUGCGCAGAAACAGCUAGGCAGAAACAGCUGCGCAGAAACAGCUGCGCAGGAACAGCUGCGCAGAAACAGCUGCGCAGAAACAGCUGCGCAGAAGCGGCUGCGCAGAAACGGCUGCGCAGAAACGGCUGCGCAGAAGCGGCUGCGCAGAAGCGGCUGCGCAGAAGCGGCUGCGCAGAAGCGGCUGCGCAGAAGCGGCUGCGCAGAAGCGGCUGCGCAGAAGCGGCUGCGCAGAAGCGGCUGCGCAGAAGCGGCUGCGCAGAAGCGGCUGCGCAGAAUCGGCUGCGCAGAAGCGGCUGCGCAGAAGCGGCUGCGCAGAAACGGCUGCGCAGAAACGGCUGCGCAGAAACGGCUGCGCAGAAACGGCUAG